AACGCGAGUCAGAGUCAGGCGGUCUUCAAUUCAGCUCGAAGAAUCUUACCAAUUUCUAUCACAACAUUCCGAAUAUAGAUCUAGAGGGGGCGUCUAGUUUAUCUCGUAGUUAUACGCUUUCGAAUACUACGAUUCAAUCAUUGAACUAGUAAGAGAGGGCGCUGUCUGCGCGGGUCAUUUCGAAUAGGCCAUUUAAUCCCCUCCAUACCCGAUUGUCGCGCGAUCCCCUCGCGCCGCAAGCUAAAUGGGGUCGACAAAUUUCGGCAAUUUCGACGCGUUCUGUCGCGAUUCAACCUUACCAGUUUGCAAUGUUCUCUCUACAAAUCAUGACCAACGAGGCUUCGGUGGUUGCGAACUGCAAGGCAUUCCGUUGUCUGGUGACCGGCAUCUAGGAAAUCUAGGAUCCAUAUUGCUUUGCGGCAUUGCCAUUGUCGUAUCAACUUUAUUGCUGUUACGUUCGGAGAGAAAGAAAGCUGCGGUCGGCAGAAGGGAAAUGCAAUUAUUCCUUCUCGGUUAUAUAAUCAUCGAAAUAUGCGAAAUAUUCACAGUUGGGGAGUUUCCUCUUAGUGGGACGGUCCGAGUCGCUUUUACCGGAAUUCACCUUGGAAUGAUAAUUGCAUCAACAUGGAUUUUAUUGCUUAACGCUGUUGUAGGAUACCAAAUCCUCGACGAUGGAACGCCGCUCUCGCUAGGACUAAUGCUCAUCUCCGGCGCUGCUCUCUUCAUCGGAACGGGUUAUAUCACGCUUGAUACGGGGUAUCAUUGGACGAACGAGUUUGUUCCGGAUCCUACCAAUCAUUAUCGGAACAUUGCAUUAUACGUCCUCUAUCAGCUCGCACCACUCGUCUUUCUCGUAGCUUUCUACGUUUUAGAAUCCGUGCUCGUGCUCCGAAUCCUCGGCGAGGUCCGACCGAUGAUCUAUCUUACAGGUGCCGCUCUGCUUUUCGCUUUAGGGCAGAUCUUCAACUACGUCAUCAGCCCUUACAUCUGUAAUGGUACCGCCGGCAAGAUUGACGGGGCGUUGUUCGAAACGCUCUUCACUCUGCUUUCGGUAGUGAUGAUUUGGGUAUUCUGGUCGAGUAUCACGGAAGAUGACUGGCCAAUCGCCAGCCAGCCUGCAGGAUACCCAUAAUUAUUGUCCUUCAUUUUGAAUACGGAGU